AUGGAUAUUGACAGCGUCAAGUUGGACUCGGUGAAGCGAGAAUUUCUUGCAAUUGUACUCGCUGGAUUCGGCAACGAGCUCCUGCCUCUUACAGGAGAUUAUGGCGACGAACCAUGUCCUAAAGCUCUUCUCCCAGUCGCAAAUAAACCCAUGCUUGAAUAUACCCUAAGCUGGAUUGAGAAAUCUGGCAUCCGAGACGUUUUGCUCAUCUGCCCUACAAGCCAUCGCCCAUCCAUCUACCACUACAUCCAUUCCGAUGUCACGUCUUCAUCGCUUCGUAUCGAUCUUCAGACAUUUGACGAGUCUCAGGAUGGCGGUGUGGGAACGUGCACUCUCCUUCGUCACUUUUCAAGUCGGGUGCCAGAAGACUUUGUUGUUGUUCCCUGCGAUUUUAUCCCGCCACCCACCCUUCCACUAAGUAUGUUGCUCAACAAGUUUCGCGUAGACUCCGUUGCAGAGGGUUGUGUUGCAACCACCUGCUGGUACUCAGCCUACAAGCCAGACAAAGCUGCUUUGGUAGAUGAAUGGGGCCCACUUCCUGCCCCCAGCCCCAUUAUAUGGGAUGAUCUCACUGGAACACUCCUUUACAUCGAUACGUCCGAUGACGUUGAUCGCAACACAGACGAAUUAGAACUGAGAAUGGCAAUGUUGUCGAGACACCCUCGAGCUAUCCUCUCAUCCUCCUUGCAAGAUUCUCAUGUUUAUGUUUGUCGAAGAUCCGUUCUUGACCUCCUUCAUAUAAAACGCCAUUUCGAUGGUUUCAGGCAGGAGUUUCUGCCUUGGCUUUGUAGGGUUCAAUAUCAACGAGCAAAGAGGGAAAAGUACAAGCACGUGUUGAAUCCAGUGAUUGACACAACAUCUCAACGUCUCGCCCUGAGACACUCCACCCUACUAUCUCGUCGGCUGGAGUUGGCGGGUCCAAUACAGGAAUCCACCAUGUCCAUUCCUCCAUCCCCGACGGAUUCUGAUGCGGAGCAAGAUCUGAAGACUGGUUUGAAAAUAGGAGUAGUUAUUCACCGGGCAGAAUCGGGAUUCGCUCUGCGUGUAAACACCGUUCACAAUUUUUUAGAGAUCAAUCGACGGGCUCUCAACGGGGUUACCUAUGCACUCCCAUCUGAUCCCAAAAAUCGUUCUUUGAUAGACCAGAAGGCUCAGAUUGCUAGCGACACCAUCAUUGGAGAUUUUACUCAGGUCUCAGAACGCACAACGAUAAAAAAGUCGAUCAUCGGGCGGCACUGUGUCAUUGGAAAGGGUGCAAAGAUCUCUGCAUCUGUGCUUCUCGACCACUGUGUUAUUGAAGAUGGAGCUAAAUUGGAUGGCUGUAUUUUGGGAAAAAACACCAAAGUCGGAACCAAGUCAGAACUUGCCCGUUGCGUUACUCAGGCUGGAUAUGACAUUGGUCCCGGAGACAUUGUCAAAGGCGAGAAGCUGGAUAUUUCGGAUUGGACUGCCGCAGUCGGUGACGGAAUUGAAGGCGAUGAAAGUAGCGAGUGUGAUGGAUAA